AUGCUUCUACUUUUACUUAGUGCUCUUAUACUUCUGCUAGCUUCUAAAGACGUCGUUUGUCAUCAAGUUUGUCAUCCGUUCCUAAGCGAAUUUUCGACGCUACGUUUCCGAACAACUGCUCAUCUUCAAUAUAUUGAAUUGGCUGCAACGGAAGAGUGCCGCACUGUUGAAGCUAUGAAUGAACCCUCCUAUGGUCUCUUAGUACUCAAUACGAAGUUACCCCUGAAUGGAUGCUAUUUCCACCGGUACGCUUCUUUUGUCUACGAACGUUUCGUUCAGGAAAUGUGA